GCGAGGAAAGGAAGCGAGGAGAGGAGCGCGUGUCCAUGCCCCGCGCUGAACCGGACCAGAACUAUAGGGCGUGAUGGAGUUCAGCCUCCUGGACUCUGAGGCUCGGAGCCCGACUCUGUCUCUGUCCGACUCUGGAACCCCCCAGAACGAACCCAAAGAACACAGCGACACAGAUAAGUCGGGUCUGGCCCUCGAGGACCCGGUGGAGGACGGGUCUCUGAAGAAGAAGCAGAGGAGGCAGAGGACUCACUUCACGUCGCAGCAGCUUCAGGAACUCGAGUCCACGUUUCAGCGGAACCGGUACCCGGACAUGUCCACGAGGGAAGAGAUCGCGGUGUGGACCAACCUGACCGAGGCCAGAGUCCGGGUCUGGUUCAAGAACCGUCGAGCCAAAUGGAGGAAGCGAGAGCGCCACCAGCAGGCGGAGCUGUGCAAGAGCGGCUUCGGCUCUCAGUUUAACGGACUGGUCCAGUACGACGACAUGUACGCGGCCGGAUACAGCUACAACAACUGGGCCACCAAGAGCCUGAGCGCGCCCCUCACGUCCAAGAGCUUCCCCUUCUUCAACAGCAUGGCGCCGCUGACCACGCCCCUCACCACGCCCCUCUCCACCGCGCUCACCACGCCCCUCACCACGCCGCUGCAGUCUCCGCCCAUGUUCCCCAGCUCCGCCCCCCUGCCCUCCGUCAACCCCGGGAUGGUGCCGCCGUCCGUGCAGAACCUGAACAGCCUGCCGCCGCCCGCCGCGCUCAACUCGGCGGCGACGUGCCCGUACGCCAGCUCCGCCGCGCCGUACAUGUACCGCGAGUCGUGCAGCUCCAGCCUGGCGUCGCUCCGGCUCAAGGCCAAACAGCACAACUUCACCACGUACCCGCAGGUUCAGAACCCCAACGCCAACCUCAGCCCCUGUCAGUACGCCGUGGACAGGCCCGUAUGA